AUGAGCUAUAAUAGACCGUAUGAUCGUAACGAGUCAGUUUCAGUGUCCUGUGCGUUUUAUAACAAGAUAGGAGCAUGUAGACAUGGAGAAAAAUGUUCUAAAAAACAUAUCAAGCCCACUAGGUCCAAGACCCUCUUAUUAGCUAAUUUGUAUCAAAAUCCCAAACUCAAUAAGAAUGAGAGUGAGCCAAUAUUGCCCAAGCAAUUACAAGAAACCUUGGAUCAGUUUUAUCAAGAUGUGUUUAUACAUCUUUGUCAAAAAGGGGAGAUUGCAUCCUUGGUGGUUUGUGAAAACGAGAAUAAUCAUUUAAAUGGUAAUGUUUAUGUGCGAUUUUUUUCAGCCGAUGAUGCUGGCAGGGCUAACCAGCAGUUAAAUCAAGAAUGGUUUAAUGGGAAGCCAGUUCAUUCUGAUUUGUCGCCCGUGACUAAUUUUGACGAGGCUCGUUGCCGAGCUUAUGACACCGAUUCUUGUGAGAGAGGUGAAAUGUGUAAUUAUAUGCAUGUUAGACAGCCUACAAAGGAGAUACAAAUCAAGUUGUGUCAAGCGCAAGAGAAGAAAUAUUUGUUAAAGAGGAUAGAAAAAUUAAAGUGGACCUUGAAGGAGUUUGAACAAGAGGGAGGUGGAGGUGGAGAAGAGUUGGAGAAAGGAGAUUCACAAAGUAACUCUGUAACCACCAACUCUUUAUUAGAGCAAUUACUGUAG